AUGAAGCUUACCUCACUGCUGCUGGGCUGCUCGUCGGCUCUGCUGGCUGCCGCCUGCGGAAAUCACGGCGACGACGGUAAGGAAUGGACGAAGGCUGAGCUGGACGAGUUGGAAGCCAAAUGGGGGUUUGAGGGCGUAGGUUUCACGGGAAUCGGCACUUUCGCCCAUCUCAAGCACGCCAAGUGCUUGACAACUCCGUCUGAGCUGUACGAUAUCGCUAUCAUCGGUGCGCCCUUCGACACCGCCGUGAGUUACAGACCAGGCGCCCGAUUCGGCCCCCGCGCAAUUCGCCAGGCUUCAAGCAGACAGACUUCGUUCCGCGGCUUCAACCCUCGUGCCAAUGUCAACCCAUACGCGAACUGGGCAACCAUCAUCGACUGCGGCGACAUCCCCGUCACGCCCAUGGACAACGUCAUCGCUCUCAAGCAGAUGUCGGAGGCAUUCAAGGAGCUGGGACAGAGGAAGCCCGUCUCUUCGUCGCUCAGCAGGCCUAAGCUCAUCACUCUCGGAGGAGACCACAGCCUGGCGCUGCCCGCGCUGAGGGCUUUGAAGGCCGCCUACGGGGCACCCCUACGUGUGUUGCAUUUCGAUGCUCACUUGGAUACUUGGCACCCAGAGAAGUACCCGUCUUACUGGACUUCCACUCAAUUCAACCACGGCUCGAUGUUCUGGAUGGCCGGAAGCGAGGGCCUUCUUUCCAACGCUUCCUCCGCACCUUCGGUCCACGCAGGUCUGCGCACCCGUCUCUCCGGCACUGAUUUCUCCGACCACGAUGACGACACGGCGCAGAACUGGGUCCGUAUUGCCGCCGACGACAUCGACGAGGUCGGCACUGCCGGCAUCAUCAAGACCAUCAUAGACACGCUGGGCACGGAAGAUCCCGUUUACCUGUCGAUCGAUAUCGAUGUUCUCGACCCCGCCUUCGCGCCCGGCACAGGUACCCCCGAGCCCGGUGGCUGGACGACCCGCGAGCUGAUCCGCAUUUUGAGAGGUAUCGAGGGGUUGAACCUUGUUGGCGCGGACGUUGUCGAGGUCUCGCCCGCGUAUCAGAAUGCCGGCGAGGAAACGGCGCUGGCGGCGGCACAGGUCGUGUACGAGGUUUUGAGCUCGAUGGUGAAGAAGGGUCUGGAAGGCAUGGGCAAGGAGGGAAAGGCUGCUGCCGCUGUUGAGGUCGAGGGCAAGGACGAGUUGUAG